AUGGAUGUCAAGGCGGCCCCCAACGGGGUGGCUACCAUCGAGGACCGGAUCUUGCGGAUCACUGGCUACUAUGGCUAUUACCCGGGUUACUCCAGCCAGAAAAGUACCUCCAGAUCAUCAGCUACUCGGUGUAAACCAGGAGCCAACUGCCCCAGUUCACACAGUGGCAUCAGUAGACAACUGUCACCUCUGUCUGUCACUGAAGAUUCUUCUGCUCCUAUUCUUGAACUUCAGAAUCGCGGAUCCUCUGGAGUUUGUGGACACAGAGUGGAGAGGCAGAACAGAUCAGGGGAUGAUGGAACACAGACUCAUCCUGAGAACAGCAGCCAAGAAAACAGAAUCAAGGCUCGCUGCCGGUCCUGCACGUCUGCGGUUUUGAAGGCUGUCUGGGGACUCUUGAUCAUCUUGUCAGUGUCAUCAUCUUGGGUUGGAACCACACAGAUUGUAAAAAUUACUUAUAAGAACUUCUACUGCCCAUUUUUCAUGACUUGGUUUUCAACAAACUGGAACAUUAUGUUUUUCCCAGUCUAUUAUUCUGGUCAUCUGGCCACUGCUCAAGAAAAGCAAUCUCCAAUGAAAAAAUUCAGGGAAUGCAGUCGGAUUUUUGGUGAAGAUGGUCUGACGUUGAAGCUCUUUCUUAAAAGAACUGCUCCCUUUUCUAUUCUGUGGACUUUGACUAAUUACCUGUAUUUACUGGCUUUAAAGAAGCUGACAGCCACAGAUGUCUCUGCUCUGUUCUGUUGUAACAAAGCCUUUGUCUUCUUGCUGUCGUGGAUCGUGCUGAAAGACAGGUUCAUGGGCGUGAGGAUAGUUGCCGCAAUAAUGGCGAUCACGGGCAUCGUCAUGAUGGCGUAUGCAGAUAACUUCCACACUGAUUCCAUCGUCGGAGUGGCAUUUGCCGUGGGCUCAGCCUCUACUUCUGCGUUAUAUAAGGUUUUGUUUAAGAUGUUUCUUGGAAGUGCCAACUUUGGGGAAGCCGCACACUUUGUCUCCACUUUGGGUUUCUUCAAUUUGAUCUUCAUCUCCUUCACCCCGGUCAUCUUGUAUUUCACCAAGGUGGAGCACUGGUCCUCUUUUGCAGCUCUGCCGUGGGGCUAUCUCUGUGGGAUGGCAGGGCUGUGGCUGACCUUCAACAUCCUGGUGAACGUGGGCGUGGUGCUGACGUACCCGAUCCUCAUCUCCAUUGGGACAGUGCUCAGCGUUCCUGGAAACGCAGCUGCGGAUCUCCUGAAGCAGGAGGUGAUGUUCAACGUUGUCCGCCUGGCUGCUACCAUCAUCAUCUGCAUUGGGUUUCUGCUGAUGCUAUUGCCUGAGGAGUGGGAUGAAAUUACCCUGAGAUUCAUCAACAGCCUGAAGGAAAAGAAGAAUGAGGAGCAUGUGGAUGACAUCACUGAUUCCAGCGUACACCUGCGAAGCAGGAGCAGGGCCAAUGGGACAGUGUCUAUCCCACUGGCUUAAAGAGGACAGACACAUUUUG